AUGGCGACCGUCAGAGAAGUCACCGAAGAGUCCGCGUUCAACUCGACCAUCGCCGCCCUCCCGUCGUCCACACUCGCUGUCAUCAACUUCUACGCGCCAUGGGCCAAGCCAUGCGAGCAAAUGAACCAGUUCCUCUCGACGCUCGCCGGCACAUACUCCGAUAACGCGCCCAUCGUCUUCCUCUCUCUCAACGCCGAAGAACUGCCCGAAAUCUCUGAGCAGUACGAUGUCACAGCAGUCCCCUACGUCGUCAUCCAGAAAGCCGGCAACACAUUAGAGACCAUCUCUGGCUCAGCCACCGCAAAGGUCAGGGCUGCCGUAGAAAAGCACGCUGGCUCGCCAAACGGCAAUGCGCAAUCGAGUCUACCUCCAGCACAAUCAGUCACGCGGCCUCCAGUAGAGAACGGCACAAACGGUGCAGGCGCGAAGGACCUGGCCAGCUACGCGCCGAGUGCGCAAGACCAGAAGACAGCACCGCAGUACAGCUCAGGCGAACUACGAGACGGGGAGCAGCAGACAAAUACGGACGAGCUGUUCAAGAGGCUUGGAGAGCUGGUCAAGGCCGCACCGGUCAUGCUGUUCAUGAAGGGCACACCGAGCGCACCGCAGUGCGGGUUCAGUCGGCAGACAGUAGCCGUAUUGCGCGAAAAUGGCAUAAGAUAUGGUUUCUUUAACAUCCUAGCAGACGACGAGGUCAGACAGGGACUCAAGGAGUUCGCCGAAUGGCCAACGUUCCCGCAGGUGUGGGUUGAUGGGGAGCUAGUUGGUGGGCUUGACAUCGUUAAAGAAGAGUUUGAAAACGACCCCGAGUUUCUGGCACAGUACUCUGUCAACGCACAAAAGACGGCGGCGGCUUAG